UAUCCUAUUCCUAUGCAUGAUUUAUUGAGACAAUCAACAGCUACUCCGAAAUCUUUUCAUGUCUAUUUGUUCAAAAGAAAUCUUCUCCUGUCUACUCCCCAGCCUGUAACCUGUAUUCCUUUACUACGGACUACGGUGUUGUUAWUCGUUACGGUUGGACCGUACAACACGAGUAGUUGGGGUUUACCGAUUAGAUGGUCCAGCCGUCGAGAAUCGCUGACGAGUGACGAUCGGUUAACUGGUUUUCAGGUCAAUUUUAACCGUGGUUCAACACUUUUAACCUAACAUGUCUUCUGUGUAUAUUAUUAACGACAAAGUCUCCCUUGAGUCUUCAGCUCUGCCGGGCUUGUCCUAUUUCGAUUACCACUUGCCUCUGACUGAGGAUCUGAAAACUCUAACCGCGUAGUUCAGAUUUGCAGAUUGAUUCACUACGACCAAAUCUGAGAAGGAAGAGAGGGUAAGGUCAAGCAAUGGAGCAGCAGCAUAAUAAGUUUAUAAUUGAGGUUGAGAAGGCAAAGGAAGCGACUGAUGGGAAGCCUUCGAGGGGUCCCGUUUAUCGAAGUCUGUUCGCUAAGGAUGGAUUCCCACCGCCGGUUGAAGGAAUGGAGAGCUGCUGGGAUGUUUUUCGCAUGUCAGUUGAGAAGUGUCCUAAAAAUCCAAUGCUUGGUCGUCGUGAGAUUGUCAAUGGGAAGCCGGGUAAAUAUGUUUGGAAAACUUACCAAGAAGUGUAUGACAUUGUCAUGAAAGUUGGAGAUUCUAUCCGUAGUUGUGGUGUUGAGAAAGGAGGAAGAUGCGGUAUCUAUGGUGCCAAUUGUCCGGAGUGGAUUAUGAGCAUGGAGGCUUGCAAUGCUCACGGCAUUUAUUGCGUUCCUUUAUAUGAUACCCUUGGUGCUGAUGCUGUGGAAUUUAUUAUAUGCCAUUCAGAGGUUUCAAUUGCUUUUGUAGAGGAAAAGAAGAUUCCUGAGGUGUUAAAAACAUUUCCAAAGACAUCAGAGUACUUGAAAACUGUUGUGAGCUUUGGCGAGGUUACACCUGAACAAAGAGAAGAGGUGGAAAAGUUUGGUUUAGCAAUUUAUUCCUGGGAAGAAUUCUUGCAACUGGGUGUUAAUAAACAUUUUGAUCUUCCAGUGACAAAGAAAACUGAUAUUUGUACAAUUAUGUAUACUAGUGGAACAACAGGCGACCCAAAGGGUGUUAUGAUUUCCAAUGAUAGCAUUAUUACUCUUAUAGCUGGUGUAAAGCGGCUGCUAGAGAGUGUCAAUGAAGAGUUGCAUACCAAGGAUGUAUACAUGUCAUAUCUACCGCUGGCACAUAUCUUUGAUCGUGUGAUUGAAGAGUUAUUUAUUUCUCAUGGUGCCUCAAUAGGAUUUUGGCGUGGGGAUGUCAAACUUUUGGUUGAGGACAUUGGGGAGCUAAAACCAUCUAUUUUCUGUGCUGUUCCACGUGUACUGGACAGGAUCUAUUCAGGAUUGACAGAGAAGAUCUCUGCUGGGGGUUUCUUGAAGCAAAAACUGUUUAAUAUUGCAUACUUAUGGAAGAACUUUAACAUGAAGAGAGGACAACCACAUGCAGAAGCAGCUCCCAUAUUUGAUAAAAUUGUUUUUAGCAAGGUGAAGCAAGGGUUGGGAGGGAAUGUGCGACUUAUUCUAUCAGGUGCAGCACCUCUUGCUACCCAUGUAGAAGCUUUUCUGCGUGUGGUGGCUUGUGCUCAUGUUCUACAGGGAUAUGGCUUGACAGAAACCUGUGCGGGGACAUUUGUCUCGCUACCAAACCAACUAGCUAUGCUUGGGACAGUGGGACCUCCAGUACCAAAUGUGGAUGCAUGCUUAGAGUCUGUCCCGGAAAUGGGAUAUGAUGCCCUUUCCAGUAAACCACGUGGAGAAAUCUGUGUACGUGGUAAUACCCUAUUCUCAGGGUACUACAAACGCGAGGAUCUCACCAAAGAGGUUAUGGUGGAUGGAUGGUUCCACACAGGGGAUAUUGGAGAGUGGCAACCAGAUGGGAGCAUGAAAAUUAUUGACCGAAAGAAGAACAUUUUCAAACUCUCUCAAGGAGAAUAUGUUGCUGUCGAGAACCUGGAAAAUGUUUAUGGUCUUGUUCCUGCUAUUGAUUCGAUAUGGAUUUACGGGAAUAGCUUUGAGUCCUUCCUUGUUGCUAUUAUCAACCCCAAUAAGCAAAUCCUAGAACGUUGGGCUGAAGAGAAUGGAAUUUCUGGGGAAUUUAAUUCUCUUUGUGAGAAUCCCAAGACUAAAGAAUACAUCCUUGGUGAACUCACAAAGAUUGGCAGAGAAAAGAAGCUAAAGGGUUUUGAGCUUAUCAAAGCUGUGCAUCUAGAACCUUUUCCAUUUGACAUGGAGCGUGAUCUCCUCACACCAACAUAUAAAAAGAAGAGGCCUCAGUUACUCAAGUAUUACCAGAACGUCAUUGAUAGCAUGUACAAAAGCGCCAAGUAGUCGGACGACCUUGGUGAGACCAAAACAUGAUAGGGUGCUUGCUGAUUUAGGGGCUGUAAGCUCAUCUUGUUCCAUGUCAAUUUCAUAGAUGCAUGGUUUUUCUUUGUUCUGAAUGUACAUAUUCUUUAUAUAUUAGAUGCAGAAAGUAUGUCUUAAUGUCUGUAAGUUAUUGGGGGCGUUUUCUUAAAAUGUCCCGUAUUGCCUAAAAAAAAAAAAAAGAAAAAAAGAGAGCUUUGUUCCAUGUCAAGCUCCUUAUGAAUUAGAUCAUUUGGGUCUUUGCCGAAAUCA